UGGGAUGGGAAGGCCAACCCUGGAGAAAAAGACAAAUAAUUCCAUGGGGGACCCCUUGUCAGACUGCAGCCCUCUCAUCAGCGCAGCAUCCAUGGGUAAGCUUCGCCUGGUCCGCCUGCUGGUGGAAGGCGGGGCUCAGGUCAAUGGGCACAACCCGGGAGGAGAGACCGCUCUCCUGGCUGCCUGUAAGGCCCUGAGAGGGGAGCCAACUGGGCCCGAGACGGUGAAACUCCUCACAUAUCUGCUCCAGAACAAGGCAGACCCAAAUGCACAGGACCGGGCUGGACGCACUGCCCUUAUGUACGCCUGUAUGGAGCGGGCAGGAGCUCAGGUGGCAUCCACCCUGGUGGCUGCAGGAGCCGAACCCUGCAUGGAGGACUACUCUGGAGCCUCAGCACUGGUUUAUGCCAUCAAUGCACAGCACCAGCCGACACUGAAGGUGUUGAUGGAUGCCUGCCGGGCCAGGGGUCGUGACAUCAUCAUCAUCUCCACGGAGAUGGGCGUGAAUGGAGGUCCAGUGACCAGGCGUUAUCUGAAUGUUCCUCCAUCUCCUGACACCUCACCAGUGACCUGCAUGUCCCCGUCCGACAUUGUCCUCAAGACGGGUUCACCGAACUCUCCUGAGGGAGAAAACGUUUUCAACUUCAGAGGAACUAGCAAAAGAGGAAGUAGCAGCAGCAGCAGCAGACAUCCCUCCUGUGAGCUGAGUCCGUUGAGCCAGUGUAGCAGUCCACCGCCCAGGCAGAGAAUGUUAUCUGAGCCGUGGCUAGCCAUUCACAACCUGGCCUGUCUGAACCGGGCUUACGAGGAGGGAGUGAGGGAGAGGGGAAACAGAAAGGAUUCAAGAGUGGGGAGAGGAGGGAGGGAAGAUGAGGAAGGUGAAGAUGAGAAGCCAAAUUUUCACCAGUCUGAGAUGGAAGAGGGGUCGGACAGUGUGGCUCAAAGGAGGGAUAACAGAUAUGGAGGAAAAUAUUACAACAGCUUCCACGGAGAUGUCCUUCCGAGGGUUUCUCAGUCUGUCCUCUCCCUCACAGAGAUGAUCUCAGUGAGAAGCACGAUCCCCAAGAGGUGUUUGACGCCCGUAUCUUCAACAUGGGACAAAAUUACUCAAAAAAGUGACCAGCUUCCUGUCCGUCUGUCUCCUUACUCCCAACUCCGCAGGAACACCCUCCCCUCUGUCAUGGUGGUUCCUCCUCUGCUUCACCUCCCUCCCUUAGUCAAUCAAUCAGACUCUCACCUCCAGGUUCCAACCCAGCUUUCACCUUCCAAAAGCAGGAGCAUGGGGUUUCUGCCUCACCCACCCAGUUCUCGUCCACCUUCCUCUUCCUCCAGAGCACCCGCAAGACCAGGAUUACUCCCUCCGCUGCCGCCCACCUCCUCCCUCACCUCCCUAGUUGCUCCCCCUGCCUCCUGCUGCAGUGAGAGGAACAGGAGGUCACUGCGUCGCCAUUCAGUACAGUUUGAACAGAUCAGAGGAGGAGAAACCAUUUAGGCAUGUGAGACUGAGCACCUUCAUCCCUCCAUAAUGUGGUUCUCUGACACAAGAAAGAAGUUCAAGCAGCAGCCUGAAUAUGAGGCAGGAGUCGGGAUAACAUUGAGAUGAAUCCUCACUCCUCACACUGCGUAAAUAAUUUUAAAAUCCCUCUAUCACUGCAAAAUGCAAAGCAAACCGGUAAAAUAUAAAGAAUAAAAUGAGAUUCAAAAGUGUUUUGCUGUGUUUUUGCCGCUGUGAAUUUGGGUCAAUAUUACUUAGACAAAUUCUGACGUUACAGAUGAGACCAGGAUCAUAAAUAGAGCUGAACAGAUCAGGCGAUCGGUCAGAUGAUCUACAGAGAAUUAAUCAAAACAUUUGUGUUGAGAAAAAUAAAUCGAUAGAAAAUCUGAA